AUGGCAUUAUCAAAGCUUCAAUCUCUAGUCAUACUCGUUAUAUGUUCUCUCCUUGUGACUUCUCAGUCAAGAGAUACAAGGGAGAAUGAUGUGCAUCCUUCAGAAUGUGUUUACAAAGGUCCGUGUAAGACCAAUCAAGACUGCACGAGUCGGUGUGGACCCCCUAACUUCCCACCAACGACCAUUGGCUUAUGUCAAGUCAGUCCUAGAGGCCACGGCAACCUUUGUUGUUGUGCCAAAGAUUAA